UCCCAUCUAUGGAGGGAAGCAGCCGAGGAGGAAACAAACAGCACACGAAGACGCGACGGCAAAGCAACCCGUUUGCAGCAGGGCAGAGUACUUAGCCACCGCGACGCUAGCUAGGCUAAUAAAAUCUGAAGCCAAUCAAUCGUAACCUGGCAUGUACCGCAAGCUACUCCUCCCUCCAAGAGAACCCACCAUAAAUUUGGAGCGGAUCACGACGGAUGUGUAGCUAGCUAGAUAAUGGUGGCCGGUAGCAGACUAGCAGAGUGUCAUAGAUAAUAGAUCCAGCCCCAGGCAGGAUGAGAGGGAUGGAGAAGACGAGGCGCGGGAGGCAGCUCCUCCUCUCGCUGUGCUUCGUCUGCCUCGCCGGCGCGCUGCUCGCGGCGGCGGCGGCGCCGUCGGCGGGGAGGAAGCGGCGGCGAGCCGGGUUCGACCACUACGUGCUGGCGCUGCAGUGGCCCGGCACCGUCUGCCGCCAGACCAACCACUGCUGCGGCUCCAACGGAUGCUGCCGAUCAAACCCUCUGAACUGGUUCACAAUCCAUGGGCUGUGGCCACAGUACAGCUACGGGGGUUGGCCAUCAUGCUGCAGACCAACCACCGCAUUCAACAUGAACAAGAUCGCGAUGCUGACUCCGAUACUGGAGAAGUACUGGCCGUCCCUCUACUGCGGCGAUUCCUCGACCUGCUUCGGUGGAAGGGGGCCGUUCUGGGUGCACGAGUGGGAAACACAUGGAACGUGCGGUUACCCUGAAAUUCAGGACGAAUACGACUACUUCUCCACAGCGCUCUACCUCUACAGUAAAUACAAUGUCACGAAAGCGCUGAGGAAAGCACACAUCUACCCUCGGAACGGCAGGAAGUACGAGGUCGGGCACAUCGUGGCGGCCAUCGACCACGCCUUCGGGAGGCUGCCGCAUCUCGUCUGCAAGAACGGGUCCGUGCAGGAGCUCAGGCUCUGCUUCCACAAGGACUAUCAGCCCCGGGAUUGCGGGUCGGAGGCCGAGGAGGCGUGGUCCAGCAGGAGGAGCCACUGCCCUCGCUACGUCACCCUCCCAUCCUACAAACCCCAAGCGAUGGCGAACGGCACGGAAGGGCUGAGGAGGAGCCGGCCGGAGUCGGACGGCGAGCCGCGCGCGUACUACGGCAGGCGGAGACUGUAAUGGCCGGUUGCCGGUAGGUCUGCACUGCCACGGUCCGUACGAUCGAGAACGGCGAGUCGGCGACGCGAGAUUGAUGUCUUUCCCCCGGCCGGCGACUGCUCUGUGGCUCUGUAAUUCUGCCCUGCACUCUGCACUGCACGUUCUUCGAUCGAUGUAACUACGUUGUGCUAGCGAUUAGUGAAUUACAAGAUCCUUCGCGCUCUUCCUUUUACGUUUUCUUUUCCUGGGACGAGCUGGACGGACCGAACGCGUGCUGGUGUGUGUUUGCUUUCGUUCUGGUCACGGACGAUUGCUUGUUUCUCUCCUUUGGGGUUAUUAAAUUAUGGCAACGGAUAUUAUUCCGAAAACAGCAAUCGAAUCGAGAGCAUCAAUCGCA